AUGAGAUGCUGCACCAGUCGACCUGCUUAUGCCAUUGAUCAUGCAAGCUACAGCUUGCAGGGCUUGGUCGCAGGCUCCCUACAAGUCGGAUUUGUCACUUCUAAUCCCGAUAACCGUCUUGUCACCAAGGUACUACAAAAGGGUGAUGUGUUUGUGUUCCCAGUWGGACUCGUUCAUUUCCAACGCAAUGUCGGUAAUGGAUAUGCAGUUGUUAUUGCCGCAUUGAGUAGCCAAAACCCAGGUGCCAUAACAAUCGCAAAUUCGGUUUUUGGUGCRAAUCCUCCUAUUCCAAGUGAUAUUCUAGCCAAGGCAUUCCAAGUUGAUACUAGUAUGGUGGAUCAGCUACAAGCAAAGUUCUAG